AUGGUCCGCCGCGCAGUCGUCUCAUCCUUCAUCUUCAAGUUUUCCCCCAAUCGGGGGCCGCAGGUCGCGCUGUUCCGGAGAAGCGAUAGCGUGCGGACAUAUCCCAAUCACCUUGCGCCAGUUUCGGGCAGCAUAGAGCAGGAUGACCCCUCGCCCCUGGAUGCCGCCUGGAGAGAGAUCCGCGAAGAGACUACGCUCACGCCUGCAACGUUGACUUUGCUUCGCCAGGGAAAGGACUACGUUUUCGCCGACGAGAAGAUAGGCCGCGAAUGGACGAUAUAUCCUUUUGCCUUCCGCCUCAAGUCCCACGAGGAUGAGUCUCGCAUCCAGAUCGACUGGGAGCAUAAGGGGUUCCAGUGGUUCGACCCCCACGAGGUCCGAGAUGUCGAUGAGUUCGGUGGCGUGCCGCGACUUGCCGAGAGUCUAAGACGCAUCUGGUUCGAGAUUGAACUUGGCGAGAGAAGAGGAAAGAUUCUGAGCGAGGGGCUGCUCGCGUUACAGAAGGAUCACCAAAGCGGAGCGCGGCAGCUGGCGGGCAAGGCCCUUCAAGUUCUUCUUUCCGUGAUUGGAGAGAAUGCCAGCGCACUGAAGGAUGGCUCCGUGGAAAAGUGGUGGCGCAAUGCCCGACUUGCAGCGUGGCAUCUCUGGAAGAAUGGUAGGGAGAGCAUGGGAGCCGCAAUCCUGAACAACAUCGUACGGUCGCUGGCCGUUAUAGAAAAGGAGGUACAGCAGACCAAAGAUUUCAACGUCUCCCAGGCGUUCCUCGACUCCGUUACAAACAAGGUGGGUCAUUUUGCAACAUCGAGGGACUCUGCCAUCGACGGCAUCUGGAACUCCUUCGAGGCCUUCUUGAGAAACUACCACGGCUCCGGCCGGCCAAUUCGGAUUCUCACAUUAUCAUCGAGCUCUACUAUCCUCGAGUGUCUGAAGAGAGCUAUCGCAGGCCUGAACUCAGAAUUCGACAUCCGCGUACUCGAGUCUCGUCCCUUGUUUGAGGGGGUUUCAAUGGCAUCCAGCUUGGUCAAGCACCUCCGAGAAUCAGCACCGAGAGAGCACAAGGUUGACGUCUCAAUCUUCACCGACGCCGCCGCCGCAAUCGCGAGUAAGGAUGCGGACAUGGUCCUCAUUGGCGCGGAUAUCAUUGCUGGGGAUGGGGCAACAAGCAAUAAGACGGGUUCACUGCCGGCAAUCCUCUCUGCUAAGCACAACUCACCUCAAGCCAAGGUGUUCGUUCUGGCUGAGAGUGAGAAGAUUCUGCCGUAUGAUCCACCUGGGUUCGAAGAGAAUGACGUUGAAGAGGUCAUCGCGUCAUGGAAGCACAGCAUCCUAGCACAGGAGGCUGCUUCUAACGCCAUCGACAGCUCGCAUGGGGUAGGCUCAGGAGAGAAGAUAGCGAAGGCGAACGUCAGGAACGUGUACUUUGAAUGGAUUCCCCCAAGUCUUGUCGACGGAUACAUGUUCGAGAACGGGGAGAAGAGCCCGGCUGAUAUUGCGGGCAUCGCUGAGCGGAUACGCCGCGAAGCAGAUGCUUAUUUUUCUGAUGUUUAG